AUGUCCCCCAACCUUGAGUCCCUCAAAUCCUCCUUCUCUGGCGACCUCGUCGGCCUCACCGACUCCGCCUACCCCGCCGCGAUCGUCCGCUGGGCGCGCAACGCCGCGCGCCGCGCCGCGCUCGUUGCCUUUCCCCGCUCCCCCGGCGACGUCGCGCUCGCCAUCGCGUAUGCCCGCGCGCAGGGCCUCCAACUCGCCGUCAAGGGUGGCGGCCACAGCCCCUCGGGCGCGUCGAGCGUCGAGGGCGGGCUCGUCAUCGAUCUCGGCCGGCACAUGGCGGGCGUGCGUGUCGACGCCGCCGCGCGAAGGGCGUAUGUCGCUGGCGGGGCGCUGUGGGGGGCAGUCGACAAGGCGGCGAUCGAGCACGGGCUCGCGACUGUGGGCGGGACGGUGAACCAUACUGGGGUAGGCGGGCUUGUGCUUGGAGGAGGGUACGGAUGGCUCGCGGGCGCCCAUGGGCUGGCGAUCGACAACCUCCUCGAAGCGACCGUUGUCACCGCUGAUGGCCAGGUUAUCACUGCGUCCCCAACCUCGCACCCGGACCUCUUCUGGGGCCUCCGCGGCGGCGGCUCGAACUUUGGCGUCGUCACCGAAUUCGUGCUCCAGCUGCACCCGCAGCGCCGGACCGUCUUCUGCGGCAUGGCCGUCUUCGGCGAACACCAGCUCGAGCAGUUUUUGGAUGUGACGGAGGCGUGGUGGAACAACGGCACGACCGAGAAGGAGGGCAUGAUCCAUGCGUUCACGCGCAGCCCCAUGGACCGUUCGCCGUGCAUCGUCGCCUUCAUGUUCUACAACGGCUCCGAGGCCGAAGGCCGCGACAACUUCAAGGCCUUCUUCGACAUCGGCCCCGUCAUGGACGCGACCGCCGAGCGGCCCUACGAGGAGCUCAACUCGCUCCAGAACGCGAUCGCGGCCCCCGGCCAGGCCGUGUACAUGAAGGGCACCUUCGCGCCCGCGACGUACCCCCGCGCGCUCCUCCCGCGCGUCUUCGCCCGCGCCGCGGAGCUCUCCGCGCCCGAGGGCUACCACAUCGGCUUCCUGCUCGAGUACCACUCCCUCGGGAAGGUCGACGCCGUGCCGGACGCGCAGACGGCAUACCGGCGCGGGGCGGGCCCGAACGCGCUCUGCACCGUCUUCAUGCAGGAGGACGGGGAGGGGCGGAUGGCGUACGCGCAGGCGGCCGCGCGGGAGCUCGUCGCGCUCGUCGCGGGCGACAAGGCGCACCUGGCGUACGGGAACUACAGCGACGACCCGGCUGGGGAGGAGGGCGCGCCUGCGACGGCGGGAGCGAGCAAGGCCGAGGUGAACUUCGGGAGCAACUACGCGCGGCUGCGGGAGGUGAAGAAGGCGUACGACCCCGAGCAGGUGUUCAACAAGUGGUUCAACAUCGACCCGGCCGCGUAG